AUCACCUAGAAGGGAAGAAAAACAUUCAUCUAGAAGACAGAAAAUUUCUUUCUGUUUGUGUAUCAGUGCAACAUGAGCGCUAUAUUUGAUAUUUUGUGCUGGUGUGUGUGAUUUUUUUUUUCUUUAGAGCUGCAGGCCUUCUGCACAGUUUGGCUGGCUGUUUUCUCUCCUCUUUCCUCCCUUUUAGCGCCUCAUUGUUGGGGAGGGUGGAGGGUAAAGAAUAUGACAUCUGGGAAAGUUGCCGGACGAGCCUUCAAUGUGGGCAUUGUUCCGCACAUCAUUUGUCACGUCUCCUUUUCACUGCCACUGUCCGUAUAGUCGAGGAGGAGUUGUAGUUUGCAGCCAAGGGGAAAUGUGAGGAGGAGAACCUCAAACAAACAUUUCCAACGGACCGGACUGGAUGGAGAACCCGGCCUGGUGAGGAAAAGCAUGAGGCUCCGGAGAAGGAAAAAAGCCAAGAAGCCCUCGGCUCUGUGGAAACCUGCCAUGUGACAUUUGGCUGCCAGCGCUUCGCCACAAGGUCAAAAAGGGAGGGGAGGAAAGGAGGGGGAGGGGGAGGAGGGGACCCUGUGCACGUUUAAUGGAAAUGCAGAAAACCAGCAGCGCUUCACACAGCAUCCACCAUCAUCACCAUCACCACCGUGACCUCUUCAGCGAGUCUCCGGAUGGUGUGAGCGGCUUUGAGGGCGCUCAGCAGCAAGUGGAGGCGUCUGAGCAUGGCAUGUUUCCCCGGAGGUCAAAGCAGCAAAACCCAAAGUUUGCAAUGAGCAGAAAGAUUUUCCCCUGGAUGAAAGAGUCCAGACACUCAGAUCAGAAACCCGGGAGGAGAGUCGCAGACUGCCCCGUGAACGAGAAGAGUCCAAGCAGCGCGACCCCGGCCUCCAAGCGAACGCGCACCGCGUACACAAGCGCGCAACUGGUGGAGCUGGAGAAGGAGUUCCACUUCAGCCGCUACCUGUGUAGGCCGAGGCGCGUGGAGAUGGCCGGCCUGCUCAACCUUCACGAGAGGCAGAUCAAGAUCUGGUUCCAGAACCGGAGGAUGAAGCAGAAAAAGGACCAGCGAGGUCAGGGCCUCCCUGCAGCCAUCACCACCUCCUCCUGCUCGCCCUCGUCCUCCCCCUCCGCCCCGGGAAGCCCCACUCUGUCGAGCCUGGGUUAUGUCCAUCUGGGAGGGGAUUACCAACCGGCUUCCCCUCCGCUCAGGCCCCAGCAGCAGGAGCAGCAGCCUGCGUACCCGGCAAACUACUCUAAAUAUCCAGUUUCAGGCUUCACGCACGGCCCGCAGUUUGAUGUGCAGUACAGCACACACACCAGCUCACACACACCAAACCCCAACCUGCGAGGAAACGACCUGAGCGGCUCGUAUUUCUCACAGAGCUGCAGUCCUCAGGAAAGAAUCAUGCAAGCUCCCAAACUGACCCACCUGUAGCGCACGGUGUGGAUUUAUAAAGAAGCGCACUA